AUGGCUCCCACAAGCACCAACGCCUGGUCCCUCACCGGCAUCGGCAAGGAUAACUGGGAAACCCUCGAGCUCAAGAAGGACGUCCCCCUUCCCAAGAUCGGUGACUACGACGUCCUCGUCCAGAUCGAGGCCGUCUCCCUUAACUUCCGUGACCUCGCCAUUCCCAAGCAGGGCCUUUACCCCUUCCCCGUCAACUUCCCCCGUGUCCCGGCUUCUGAUGGCGCCGGCCGUGUCCUCGCAGUCGGCCCCAAGGUCACUCAAUUCUCCGAGGGCGACGACAUCUGCACUCUCUUCAACCAGCACCACCAGUCUAACCCCAUCACGCCCCUCGCCGUGAGCAGCGGUCUCGGUGGUGCCCUCGACGGUACCCUCCGCCAGUAUGCCGUCUUCCCCGAGUACGGCCUUGUCAAGGCCCCCAAGACCCUCAACUCCGUCGAGGCAAGCACCCUCCCCUGCGCGCCAUUGACCGCUUGGAACGCGCUGUACGGUCUUCAGUCCAAGGCCCUCAAGCCUGGUGACUUUGUUCUCACGCAGGGCACUGGCGGUGUCAGUCUGUCCGCUAUCCAGUUCGCCCUUGCUGCCGGCGCACAAGUCAUUGCGACUACCUCGUCCAAGGAGAAGGGCGAGAAGCUGAAGAAGCUCGGCGCUCACCACGUCAUCAACUACAAGGAGACGCCCAACUGGGGCGAGGUGGCCAAGUCUCUGACGCCCAACAACGCCGGCGUUGACCACAUCAUCGAGGUCGGUGGCCCCGGCACCGUCGCGCAGUCCCUCAAGGCCGUCAAGUUGGAGGGUGUGAUUUCCAUUAUUGGUUUCCUGUCGCACGGCCAGGACACCAAGGACCAGCCUACGCUGCUGGAUGCGCUGUCCAACAUCUGCACCGUCCGCGGAAUCUUCGUCGGCUCGAAGCAGCAGUUCGAGGAGAUGAACCAGGCCAUUGACGCCAACAAGAUUCAUCCUGUCGUUGACGAGAAGAUCUUUGGUUUCGAGGAGGUCAAGGAUGCGUACCAGUACCAGUGGGACCAGAAGCACUUUGGCAAGGUUGUUGUCAAGAUUUAG